AUGGCAAACAACACACUGCCUUGGGUCUCCAAUCCCACCGCCCAAGCGAUCCAGGGUCGCGUGCAGAUCGCCUACCCAAUCGUCCUGCUGCUCCUCUAUAUCAUCACCUUCACCGUCCGAAGCAUCGCCACGGCCCGUAAUGAUACUGAGCUGGACCAGCAGCCCGACCAGCUGGGUCCUGGUGGCAAGCCGCUGCCCAAGAAGAAGAACAACCAGCCUGUAAAAGAGCCGGAUGUACCGAGAGAUUUGGACUUCAGUAAACCCAGGAAGCUGCUGUUUGAGUGGCUGUCGGUGGGUGUCGUCGGCACUCUGGGUGCAAACAUCGUAGUGGUCAUCGUCCAUGCCAUAUACGCCCGCCGUGAAGGAUGGUGGUGUGGCGAGGAUCCGACGAUCUACUUGGUGGGGUCUUUCAUGAUCUACAUUCUCCUACUCAUUCACAUGGUAGACUCGCACCCGUCUCCGACGAUUGCGCAUUUCGUAUCAUGGGUUGCUGCACUGCUCAUGGAAAUCGUGCUCUUAGGUGCCUCAUUCGCACUCUACACUACCGAGCACCGUGAGCACAGAGUCGGGAAUCCGAACGGUGGAGAACUGCGCAGGGACAUGACUGAGUGGGAAGCCACCGAAGUCACCAUCGACAUCAUUCGCAUCUUCCUUUUGCUGUCUCUCGUCGGGUUUUUUGCCAUCUUCGUCUACCUGCAGGGUGUCAAGAAGAAACCUGCUGAAGAGACCACCGACCCAGAGGAGCGGACUUCGCUGUUGCCCAACGGCUCGACCGAGAAUGGAGCCGCCAAUGGCUCGUCGCAGUCGUAUGGUGCUGUUGCGCAGCCAAACGGGAAGCCGCACGGACCCCAUGGACACGGCCAUGCUGAAGCCCCAGCUGGAUGGGAGAAGCCGAAGCAGACACCAACACGCAGCUGGUGGGAGUACAUUCGCGCGUACGCCAUCUUCAUCCCAUACAUUUGGCCGUACAAGGAUCGAAAGCUGCAGAUCAAUUUCGUCUUGUGCUUCGUCAUCGUCUCUGUCCAGCGUGGAAUCCAGCUGCUCGUCCCACUGCAGGCGGGUGUCAUCACCGACAUUCUUGCCGGCAACGAGGCUCCAGUCUAUAUGCCAUGGGCGGCCAUCUCAAUAUACGUUACGUUGCGCCUGUUUCAGGGAUCUAACGGGCUCCUUGGCGCCGCGAGGCAGAUUCUGUGGAUCCCCAUCGAGCAGUAUUCAUACCGAGAGCUCUCCGUCGCAGCUUUCGAGCACGUGCACAUGCUCAGUCUGGAGUUCCACUUGGGCAAGAAGACAGGCGAGGUGCUGUCGGCACUUGGAAAGGGCGCCUCUCUGAAUACCUUUCUGGAGUCCGUUACUUUCAACGUCCUGCCCAUGCUGAUCGAUCUCGGCGUGGCUCUGGUUUACUUCCUCGUCCGCUUCGACGCCUACUACGCUCUCGUGAUCGCAGUAGUUACCUUCUGGUACGUCUACAUCACCAUACGUAUCGCUUCUUGGCGUGCAGAGAUUCGCCGCCAAGCGACAAACGCAAGCAGAGAGGAGGAUGCCGUCAAGAACGAUUCGAUGAUGUCGUACGAAACGGUCAAGUACUUCAAUGCCGAGGCGUACGAGUUCAAUCGGUAUCGCGAUGCGGUGAAGAAGUAUCAGAAAGCCGAGUACCUGGUCACCUUCUCGCUCGCCCUGAUGAACACGAUUCAAAACCUUGUCUUCAUGAUGGGUUUGGUCAUUGCGUGCUUCAUCGCUGCUUACCAAGUCACCAGUGGCCUUCGCAGCGCCGGUGACUUUGUCAUCCUACUAACUUACAUGACGCAGCUUCAAGGUCCUCUUAACUUCUUCGGCACCUUCUAUCGCAUGAUCCAAAACAACAUGAUCAACUCUGAGCGUAUGCUGGAGCUGUUCAAGGAGAAGCCGACUGUGGUUGACAGCCCCGAUGCUGGCGAGAUGCCAUCCUGCGAGGGCGAGAUCCGGUAUGAUGAUGUCCACUUUUCAUACGAUAAUCGAAAGCCGGCACUGCAAGGCUUGAGCUUCACCUGCCGACCAGGUACUACUACUGCCUUGGUUGGAGAGUCUGGUGGCGGCAAGUCUACGGUGUUCAGGCUUUUGUUCCGGUUCUACGACGCGGCGUCGGGUACCAUCCAAGUUGACGGGCACGAUGUCAAGACCGUGACCAUCGACAGCUUGAGGAAGCACAUCGGCGUCGUGCCACAGGACACCGUCCUUUUCAAUGAGACUCUUAUGUACAACUUGAAGUACUCCAGACAAUCGGCCACAGACGAGGAGGUGUACGAGGCGUGCAAGGCAGCCAGUAUCCACGACAAGAUCAUGAGCUUUCCAGAUGGAUACGAGACCAAAGUUGGCGAGCGAGGGCUGCGACUUUCUGGUGGAGAGAAGCAAAGAGUUGCCAUUGCGAGGACAAUCAUCAAAGACCCUCGCAUCAUCUUGCUGGAUGAGGCAACUGCGGCGCUGGACACCGAAACGGAAGAGCACAUCCAAGAAGCGCUCAAGACGCUGUCAAGAGGCAGGACCAUGCUGGUCAUUGCGCAUCGAUUGAGUACAAUCACCAUGUGCGAUCAAAUCCUUGUCUUGCACGAGGGCAAAGUCGCCGAGAAGGGGACUCAUCUCGAGCUGCUAGCCAAGAAAGGCCGAUAUGCGGGCAUGUGGCGAAAGCAGGUGCGAGCGCAGCGUGCAGCUGAGGAAGCCAAGGUGCUCAAGGAUAAGGCCGACAGACUGAGGCGAGAGAGCAUGGACAGCAGUGCGGCACGAGGUCGUCCGGACGAAGAAACGCCCCCCAGCAGCGACGAGGACGAACAGCAUCUGCGCGACAAGCAGGCGAAAGAACAGAGCGAUCUCCAGCGAGCGCUUUCAUUAUCGCCCAAGUCGGCGAUACCCCAGGCACAGAUCGCAUCGGCGCUCAGCGGCAAAGAUGCAGGAACAGAUGCAGCGGCGCAGAGGGAAGCUUUGAGAAGCGGAACGGUGCGGUCGCCUUCGCCUGUGGUGGAAGAGGAUCCGGGGAUCAGCAGCAGCAGAAAGCCACCAGGGCAUCCUUAA